UUUAAAACGGUCAUUAUUGGAACAUGAAUCGUAUUUGGUCGUAAUGAAUUUUGGCAGUGAAACUGAAACCGUCAUAUUGUCCAAUGUCGUGAAUGACCUCAAAAACGAAUUAUACGUAUAUUUAGGAAGUGAAAAUUCCAUAUACAGACCAGGAAACAUCGUAUCAACCGUAUCAUCGUCUGGCAAUCCAUUAACACUAAGACCACAAUCUGUAGUCGUAUUAACAGAUAAAUAUAUUGCAACUGAAACACCGACAAUAAUUGAUACUCAAAAUGCGGGCACCCAAAUCAGUUCCAAAUUAAUUAGUUUAUUCCCUGUUUUUUUAUUUUUUAAAUGGUUUUUAUAAAUUUACUUCUCAUAGUUUUUUAAU